AUGAACCGCAUUGCCCCCUCGACUUCAACGCUUUACAUUGCCAAUUCCGACGGGACGGGUGCGAGAAGACUUCUUGGAAACGAGUCAAGAUAUGACUACCACGGUAUGAAAGCCUCAAUGAUGCUCGAAUCAUGUCUGACGCCAGCAGCCUCGUUCUCUGCUGACGGCGAGUGGGUGACUUUCACGAGCGAGCGCAACGGCGACGGCAACUCAGACCUUUACCGCAUACGUGCCAACGGCUCCGAUCUGCAGGAACUCAUUGCGACGCCCUCGGUGGAAGAUGCUGGCGUCUUGUCCCCGGAUGGUACCAAACUUGCCUAUGUCUCGACCGCCAAUGGGUACAAGACCAAAAUCUGGGUCUUGGACAUCACCACUGGUGUGAGCUGCAAUCUCACCAAUACAGAUGCUGUCAAAGGCGUUGACUGGUCACCUGAUGGCUACUUUAUGCCCAGCUGGUCGCCUGGCGGAUAUUGGAUAGCUUUCUCUUCCGAUCGCAACACUGCGUGGACUGGGCAUGGCAACGGGAGUGGCUGGGAGCACACCCAGGAGCUAUCGAUCUAUGCUAUUCGUCCAAACGGGAGCGAUUUUCGGCUGGUAGCGAAGAAAGACGGGUACUGUCUUGGGUCCCCGAAGUGGUCGCCGUCCGGGGAUCGCAUAGCUUAUUAUGAAAUGCCGAGAGAAUAUACCUGGAAUGCCCAUCGGCCGGAAGACCUCAACUCUACCGUUAGUCAAAUUGUCUCUGUUGACUUUGCGACUGGUCAAGACCGCCGACAAGAAACCAACACAUCAACCCUCAAGAUUGCUCCUCAGUAUGUGAGCGCUGACAACAUAGGGUAUCUUGUCAAGGGGCCUACAGACCAGACUGGCCUCCACUAUACGUCCGGAAACAACUCCAUUAUUCGCAGCUUACGAUCACCAGCAUGGUCUGCCGACGGACAGAAGGUGGUCUACGAAGUUACUGGCUGGGUCAAUCGACCUAUGGAAAAGCCUCUCUACAGUUGGGAUGACGAAUGGGACUACAAGCAACUGGGCAACUCCUCUAUCGUGAAAAUGAACCCGGACGGGUCUGACCUGGAGAUGGUAUUCGACGUAUACGCCACAAACCAGAGCGAUGCUUCGUUGGUCAGCCAAGGCCUGGCUGGAGCAUUCCAGCCCUCUUGGUCGCCUGACGGGGAAGCGGCGUCAAACGGGACUUGGUAUGAGCAGCUAACUUUCGGUUCCCUGAACGCCGGAUUUCCGAGCUACAGCCAUGAUGGCAUGCAGCUUGUCUACAGAGUCUGGGGAUCAGAGUAUGGCCUGCGUGUCAUGAAUCUAACUGAUAAAAGCGUACGAGUGCUCACGAAUAAUACUGGUGUCCUUAACUCCACUGGGAAUGUCUACGAUAAUCUGCGCAUGAACUAUACCAACUUCGACAUCUGCACCAUCCGUCCAGACGGAACGGACCUGAAGGUUUUGACAUCGAGCGGAGCCAACGAUGCUCAUGCAGUCUGGAAUUAUGACGGUCGAAUCCUGUGGUCAAGCGGCGAGAAGGGCUUCAGGGCGGAAGCUGCCACUUACGAUCAGACAUUCCAACCGUAUGGUCAGGUAUUUGCCAUGGAUGCUGAUGGGUCGAAUAAGCGUAUACUCACGGACAGCUUGUGGGAGGAUUCAAUGCCGUUAUAUGUGAGGAACGAGUUCUUGGAAUGA